AUGGUGUGUACAGAUAGAUCGUCUCAAACCGAAAUAAUGAGAUCCGCAGCAAAUGAUCACUUUAAAUUCAAAAUGCUUUUAGAUAGAUGUAAAACAGUGGUAAUAUUUUCAAGUUUAAUUUGCACUUUUGCUGUAUUGAUAUCACUUCACAAGCUGUUAAGCCACGAAGUAAGGCUCCCUCGGCCCUUUUCACCUAUACCUGCUGGGUUAUACGGAAACUAUCUCGAGACAUUCGUCGCUGAGACCCCACCAGUCAUCAAAAAACAAGAUAAAGCUAGCGAUGCGGAAGCAGUGGUGUCCUUGAACGCUGCACUUGAAAUGAAAAAAAUUGGUAAAGCUGAUAAAGCAUUAAAACUUUUCCAACACGCAUUUGCGCUGUCGCCGAAACAUGCGGACAUAUUGAACCACUACGGAGAGUUCUUAGAAGAUACUAAGAAAGAUGUUGUUAAGGCAGAUGAGCUAUAUACAUUAGCAUUAUCCAAUUAUCCGGAGCACACAGGCGCUAUGGUAAAUAGACAACGCACAGCAAGUAUUGUUGAGAAUUUAGAUAGAGAGAUGUUAAGAAAAAUAGAUGAGAAAAGAGAUGCUUUAUUAUCUAUUCCUGAAAAUAAUGCAGCACUAUGUAGAGCAAAGAAGGAGGCGUAUUUCCAACACGUGUACCACACAGUUGCAAUCGAGGGCAACACAAUGACUUUACAACAGACUCGUAGCAUUCUAGAGACUAGGAUAGCCGUCGCCGGUAAAAGUAUAGCGGAGCACAAUGAAAUCUUAGGUUUAGAUGCGGCUAUGAAAUAUAUUAACUCUACAUUAUUAUAUGGACUUAGAGAUAUUACUAUGGGGGACAUUUUAGAGAUACAUAAAAGAGUUUUGGGACAUGUCGAUCCGAUAGAAGGUGGCCAAUUCCGACGAACACAAGUGUAUGUUGGUGGCCAUAUACCCCCUCCACCAUCUGACAUUCCUAAGCUGAUGAACCAAUUCCUGGAAUGGAUAAAUUCUGAUGAUGCCUUAGAGUUACAUCCUGUGAGAUAUGCAGCCCUCGCACACUACAAGUUGGUUUACAUUCAUCCCUUCAUUGAUGGUAACGGCCGGACGUCUCGACUGUUGAUGAACCUGCUGUUGAUGAGAGCCGGUCACCCGCCAGCCAUCGUUCCCAAACAACACAGACACCUGUACUACCAACAUCUCACUACAGCUAAUCAAGGGGAUGUACGACCAUUUGUUAGGUUCAUAGCUCAAUGUACUGAACGUACACUCAACUUCUAUUUAUGGGCUACGAGUGAGUACAGUCCCAGUGUGCCCGCUAUAGGCGACCCCACUAUACUUACUGGAGAUGGAUUUGAAGAUGAACAUUUAUAA